AUGAACAAUAAGAAAAUUACAUGGCGGCUAAAUAAAUCCCUUGUCUCUAUUUUCAAUGUGGAGAAUGGGAACCCAAUACCAGUUAGAGAUUAUAUCCGAUCUAUAGAGGGAAUUGUCCAUGACCAUGUAAAGAUGGGUUCUGAUGGGGAGAGUGACCAGGCCUCAGGAACAUCAUCUGAUGAAGUCCAGUCGCCCAUUCGGGUCCGACUGAGAAACCACCAUCACCGGCGGUUUUCUACUGAGGAUAUUAACAAGCGUCUGUCUCUUCCUGCUGAUAUCCGCCUGCCAGAGGGUUACCUGGAAAAGUUUGCAAUGAACAGUCCACCGUUUGAUAAACCCAUGAGUCGCCGACUGCAUAGAGAAUCUCUGUCAGAAAUUGGCUUUGGCAAGGUGGAAACAUAUGUCAAAUUGGAUAAACUAGGAGAGGGUACAUAUGCAACAGUUUUCAAGGGGAGGAGUAAACUCACUGAUAACCUAGUCGCAUUGAAAGAGAUUCGCUUAGAACAUGAGGAGGGAGCACCUUGCACGGCCAUUAGGGAAGUGUCCUUACUGAAGGAUCUCAAACAUGCCAACAUUGUGACGCUGCAUGAUAUCAUCCACACGGAGAAAUCACUAACACUGGUCUUUGAAUACUUGGACAGAGACUUGAAGCAGUACAUGGAUGAUUGUGGGAACAUAAUGAAUAUGAACAAUGUGAAGGAACAGUAUGAACGGGAAGGCAGACCAGAAGCACAGCAAGAAAUUCAGAGAAGAGCUGCCAAGGAUUUGCCUCUUUACACCAGAACUGCAAAUGGAGCCAUCAGAUGA